CCACAACAACGCACGCCGUCCAACACCCAAGCCCAUCGCCCAAAAUGUCCGCCGAUCUCGAGUGGCUCCUUAUCCGCAAAUGGAACUCCUUCAUCGUUAAGCGCGUUCCGGAGGGUCCGGUAUUCAGCACUGAGGCAGGCAACUUGCGCAACCUGCACUCUGGCAAGUACUCCGGUAUUGCCAACAACAAAGUGCUCGAUAUUGCGGAAGAGAAGGGGCAGAUUGUCAUUAAGACGCGGGACGCCAGCGCGCCGAUUUCGGCCAACAAGAAGGCUGUGAAGACGGAGAGGGUCAGGAGCCGGUCGGGAGGAAGGAGGGUCGCAGGUGUCGUGAGCAAGAAGAUUGCGAGCGGUUAUAGGCCGGAUCUGCGUAAGGCUGCCCUGGCCCGUGCUUCUGCCCUGCUCGAGGCGCAGAAGUCGAAGAAGGAGUUCCCAGCGAGGGAGAUCAGGGGGAAGAAGGCGAAGUCUUUCGGCCUGAAGGCUUGAGGCUGAGGACUCGUGGUGCAGGAGGGAGUGUGAUCAUGUAUGUUUCGUAUGUGCUACGCAAUAUGAUGAACAUAUGAAAUCACGAUGCCUUGCCACAUGCCACAGUAUCGCCAAGUACGUGGUCCAG